UGCGGAAACGAUUGUAAAUCCAUAAGAAAGUUAUAUCAACAUCAUGUAUAGGUAAUUUUGAAUUAUAAAAGUAAAAAUGCAGAGGAAGGAAAGUCGGUGGAUUACCGAAAUAUCGGUCCCAGAUGUGGAGAAGCGGCGAAUUCCAAGUAAACAUUAUGUGUACAUCGUCAUGGUGACCUGGUCCGAUCAAACUACCACAUGCCUCUACAGAAGGUACAGUCGAUUCUUCGAUUUUCAGAAUGAACUGCUGGACAAGUUUCCCCUUGAGGCCGGCCUUCUUGAUCCUUUGAAAAGGAUUAUACCUUUUUUGCCAGGAAAGAUCUACUUUGGACGAAGCCAUAUUCGGGAUGUCGCUCUGAAACGACUUCAGCCGAUAGACGAAUACUGCAAGGCUCUCAUUUCACUGCCUUCGAAAAUCUCCCGCUGUGAGGACGUUUUGGAUUUCUUUGACGUUGGACCUGAGGACAUUGUUCCAGCGAAUGAAAACGCCCAGAUGAAGACAAAGAAUCGAAACAUAGAGAAAAUCUCUGGUCCAAAGCUUGCUGAGGAAUAUGUUGUUAUUGGGGACUACAAAAAGGAGGACAAAUGGGACCUCAACCUUAAGGCCGGCAUGGUGGUACAGGUCGUGGAGAAAAGUGAGAGUGGCUGGUGGUUUGUGACCAUUGAGGACCAUCAAGGCUGGGUUCCUAGUACAUACCUGAAGAGGAAGGAUGGCCUGAAGGAAAAUACUACACAGAGGCUGCUGCCUGGGGAAGAGGAGAAGUUCACAGUGACUGAAGCCUUCACACCGACAAGUGAUGAUGAGAUAGCACUAGAGUUGGGUACUAUUGUCGAUGUAGUGGAGAAAAACCUUGAUGGCUGGUGGAUGGUCAGGUACCUUGGAAAGGAGGGUUGGGCUCCAGCCACAUACUUAAUGAAGGCAGAGAAAGCCCACAUACAACGCACGGCCCGUCAGUCAGGGGUACAAGUUGUGGGCACGCUCAGUGACAUUAGUGACAUCAUGUCCAAGGGAGAAGAUGGGGAGGCUGCGGGAGGAACAUCGGAAGUUGGAGGUAGGAUUGGACCAGGUGGUAGGAAGUUCAGGAAACAGAAGUCAGGAAGUCUGGAGAGAGGAGGUUCUAUCCGUCCACCUCCUCGACAGAACUCUAUCAAAAAUCAUCUCAUCAUUGAUCAAAUUCAACUCGAUGUAGCAAUAAAGGAAGCCACAUCACAACGCUACAUAACAAUCGCAGACUUCAGUGACACUGUGGGGGAUGGUAUCAGCUUCAGGAAGGGCCAACACGUCCUGAUAUCGGAGAAGACAGAUGGUGGAUGGUGGUUUGGGGAGAUCAAUGGUACUUCUGGAUGGAUCCCUUCCUCUUAUGUGGAAGAAAUCUCAAAUGGUACCGUCGACGACAAUGACAAUGUUUACCAUGAAGUUCCAGAACCGUCAGAUGAAGACAUCAAUUCUGAAUCAGACGAUGAUGAUUGGUAUCAGGAGGUAGCUGAUGCCAAAAAACCUGAACACGACGAAGAUUAUCUGGAACCAAUGAAUAAAGCAGAUUCAGAAACGGCUGCUACAAAAAGCCCUCCAAGACCAGUGCUUCCAAAAAAAUCGUCAGCUCCACAUCAGAACAGUGACACUGAUGUUAAGGGGUCUGUUUCGCAGGCCCUAAAGACCAAGUUUGAAAAAGACAGAACAGCUGUAAAUCCAAAACCAUUUACACCUCCGAAGGACAAUCCCAAACCAUUUACACCUCCGAAGGACAACCGUGUUUCAAGUAGCCAUCAGAGUCAGGAGAAUGGAGAGUCCUCAAACCUAGCAAAUGUCCUUAAAGCCAAAUUUGAAAAACGACAAAGUACUGCUACCGAAGAAAAUAAAGGAACUCUAGAAAAUGGUAACCAUACUCCAGCAGUAAAAAAACAACCACUUUUGCCACCGGUUAAGCCAAAAGUGAAGACCGCUACGUCACCAAGAGAAAACACGCAACCAAAGCCUAACAUAAAACCACUGCCUGCAAAGACUAACCCGCCCUUAAAACCCACUAAACCAGUGAUUCCUGCUAAGGAACCAGCCAAAACCGAUACCACAUCAGAUUUAAAAAAUGUUUUAGCUGCUAAAUUUCAGGCUCGAAACAGUGAAACAAUGCCUGCUAGAACAAGUAACUCUCCGGAACCUCCUCCCGUUCUAAGAAAACCUGGCGUGAAGCAGUGGGGAAGUGAUAAAGAGGGAGAGAGUGGAAACGUUUCUGCAUCGGCUUUAAAAUCUAAAUUUGAAACAAUGGACUCUAAAAAGCCGACCCCAGUUCCACUGAAACCCAAACCACAAACUCCUGUUCAAAGUGGUCCACAGUUUAGAAAAUCGACACCUUUCGUUCCCGAGAAGAAGAUUCUUCCGAAGCCUGCAAUGAAGCCAAAGCCUCCUGUAUUUACAAAACCGUCGAAGCCGUCGGGUAGUUUGGACUCAGCUCCGACUUCUUUACCAAGCAAAAGUAAAGGAAAAACUACCGUUGCAUUUACAGCAACUGCAGACUUUGUAGCAGAAAAUGAUGGCGAGAUAUCCUUCCAUGCUGGCGAUUCAAUAAGUGUUAACCAACAACUUGAUACUGGUUGGUGGCUUGUGUCUGUCAAUGGAGAGGAAGGCUGGGCGCCUGCUACUUACCUACAGGAAGUGUAGCAGUUGUUGGUAAUAUUCAUUCAAGGCAAAUAAGCUACAAACUCUCAUCACAAUUAUUUCUAGUCAUGCCAUUAGCUCACGAGACCGAUGAGCUUAUGCUGUCGUUCCGGCAUCGGCGACCCACCAAAAACUGUUUUUGAAAAGCUUUUAAGUCAAUGAGUCAACAGCUCACAUCCUCCCAAUUUGGUAUAUACAUUUAUUAGAGGUCUAGGGGUGAUGUUAGAGCAAAAUAAUGUGGCACUAUUAUGUCAGUUUUCAAAUUUCAUUGCGUUGUGGUCUCAAUUAUUUUUUCAUCAACAUGCACUUAAAAGCUUUCCAAAGGCUACCAAGUCCACAAGUUUGCAUUUCAAAACCCUUAUCAUUUGGUGUAUAUAAACCUUAUAGGUUUUGAUAUAAUUAAAUGACAAUUGAAUGUUGGAAAUUUCUUUUUUCUUCUUCUAAAUUUUCACAUAUUAUGAAAGUUUUGAAUUUUUUAGAGUACUUUUAGAAUUUGAAGCAAGUUAGUAUCUUAUGUUUGUGUAUCAGAUGCAUUAAUUGACAUUGAGACGAAUAUCCUAAGUUUCCAAAAUUGUAGUAUAAUGAUUUUGCGAUUGCUGCCGCCGCUAGCUAGAACUCUGAGCAUUGCGCUCAUUGAUUUCACUUGUUUUAAUACUCUUUAAAUUUAAUUGGUCCCACGUAUUGAGAUGUUCAGUUUCCCCGUUCAUGUACAUGUACAAUGAACGAGAUGCAGAUCAUUCACAACGAACUGUGUAUAUUAAGGUAAAGUUGUUUUCCAUUUAUAGUGACUAGAACAACUACUCUCGGUUUUCGGUGUUCGCUAAUGAGGCCAGUUUUAACAUUUAACAUGCAUGCUGAUUUUUGCACGCGAUCUUUGAAUUUAUGUUUCUUUACAAAAAAAAAAUAGCAGUAUCUAUAUUUUCAUACAACAAAUAAGCAUAGUGUUAACUGGUCACACCCAGCCGACACUUUAAGGAAAUAUAUUUGAUAAUGCUAAUUAAGGAGGAAAUCAUUUAAAAUUAAUUAAAGCCCAUUAUUGUCUUAUAGAUGAUUAUAAUACUCUUGGUAUUGCGUACAAAACAUUUUAGUUUUAUUUGUGUGAUUCAUUUUUCACAAUUUCAUAUCGCUGAUAGGAUCGACUUUUUCAUUGAGAAGUUCAGUAGUGACGUGUUCAACAAUUGUUCUGAAAAUAUUCAUCGAAAAACCUUCGAUGGGUUAUGAUAAUAAUAAACUAAACUGUCUUUAUCUUUAACCAGAGACGUGUAUAUCUGAUAUACAGUCUCUGCUUUAACGGAAGGGUUUGUUAGUAUUUAUAUAUGUAUAGGAUGUUUGUAAAAUGCAUAAAUUCUAAACUACCAUUGUAAAAUGAAUUGUGCAUCCAGAACAAUGACAACGCGCUUGUUAAAAUAGUGUUUGGUUUCAUUGGUGGUUUUCAAUCAUUAAUACUAUACAGGCAAACCGUUAUACUACCAGGCGUGUCGGUAAAACUAUAAAGCUUGUACCAUGUUAGAGAGCUUAUUUUAGUGAUCGGUAUGCAGUCCACUCUUACAAUCUGUAUCACAUUAUAACUACAAAAGUUACUACAUUAUUAUGAAAAAUGAUGUUUUUAUGACAUCACUAUUUCAUUUUUCUUAUCUUGUACUUGAAAUGCGUAGUAUAUUUAUAUACCCAUUCGUUACAUCAUUCUUCUGAAGCUAACCAUUUUGGUACAGCAUGUAUAUAGCUACAUGUAUAUGCCUCGCUUGACGAAAUGACUUGAAACAGAUUGACAGAUAAUGCAAGCUUUGUACUCUAGUCAUGCUUUUUCGCACAUACGAAAUUCACUUCCAAGAUUCUGUAAGUAGUAAUUUGAUUGGUUAAUCCAAAAGGUCAUCCUGACGUGACCCCUUAUGCGAUGUCGUUAGAUGUUCAUAUAACGUAGUGGGAAUGACCAAGAUUUUAAUCAGAUUAGAUUAGAUAUCUAGCACCUUACAUUCUAUGAUAAAAUACCUUGAUAUUAUGCCAUACAUACUAUAAGUAAUAUGCUGAACUUUAAACUGCAUCAUACAGUUGUUUUAUCGUUCUUAAUCUAUUCAAUGGUGCUUAAGGAAUUGUAUGGAAAUCCAGAAUGGAACGUUAUGAAAAAGCACAAAUACAUAAACCUACAAUUGUAUAAAUAUCGUGAUUUAUAUUAUAAUAGAUAUUUGUCCGCCAAGUUUCCUAUGUGUUCCGAGAGUGUUGCUGCGA